UGCACGUAUGCAUGUAUGUUAGUAUACAUAUAUGCAUGUGUGCAUGUGUUAUUUAAAAACAAAAAAAAACAUUUUAUUAACCUAAUAUACAGAAUAUUUUUUCAAAAAGAUUGAAAUAAUGGAACUAGACUACAGAAGUAAAUUUACUGAGCCAUCUUCUUAUUCCAAAGCCAUAACAGUUCAAGUGCAGCAGCCAGUUGUUGAAAAUCCUUUUCCGGCAAUGAACACUUAUUCUAAACGACGUGUGGCCGUUGAUGAAAACGAACUUCCAAAUAACUAUAGUACAGCUGCAUUAUUAACUUGUAUAUGCUGCUGCGUACCUCUUGGAAUUAUGUCGCUUAUGAAAUCUAAUGAGGUCGAUACAGCUAUUUCGGAAGGAAAUAUUACAAGAGCUAAAAGAGCGUCAAUCGACGCAAAAAAUUAUGCGAUUGCUGCUUUGGUUUGUGGAAUUACAAUAUUUAUAACAUCUAUUACAGUUACUAUUAUUUACUAUCAAGGAUAUUUUAAAUAAUUGUUUUAGUAAUUUUGAAAACUAAAGAAACAAAUUUUAACUGAGCUUAUUCAACAAAUAAAUUUUUCUUUUUAUAACUUCUGUUAAAUUGAGCAUAUACUUCUAUUUGAUAAAAUAUUUAUUAGACUUCAAGAAGAAAAAAAAUUCAUUUUAUACACCA